AAAAGAAAUAGUCUGCACAACUUAAAAAGAGCCGACUUUAAAAAAAAAAAAUCUUAUUCCAUUCUUCGACUGGGAUCAGCCGAUUCGGCACUCUCAGGGGCAGCGGGAGACGGUUCCCGCCAAGACUCGAAAGGGUUUGAGCCUAUCAUGAAGGAAGAGAUUGGAGUGGCCUAGGAAACUGAAUCCUGGCCCUGAGUCAUGGAUAAGGAUAUUUGCUGUUCUGCGACUCACCUCUGAUGAUGGUGUGACUACUUUCAAUAGCAAACUGAAGUAACCAAUAGAAUUUGGAACACUUAACUGAGCCAUUUGGGUGGGAACUGUGACUGGACUUGUAAAGGGACAUUUACCCACUUUGAAGAGAACUAGGGUAGUUUCAUAGAAAUUGCACGAAGUGUUUUGAGAUAAAGUUGUUGAACCUAUGCUUCCCCGUUAGUGCUGCAUUUUCGGGGCAUUAUUGAUUCUUAUUUUUAUGAAUCAACUCUCGGAAAAGGCAAAAAAAUGAAAUAAUAGAGCAAUGUAAAGCAAAAUUUACAGAUGCUACCCCUGUGAUAGGUUAUCUUAAUUUUAUUGUGGUAUAAGUGGUACAGCAGAUUUUACCAGAUACUUGGCAUUCUCUGUGCCAAUAUAAUCAUUACCAAAGCGCUUAGAUUCCUACCAAGUUAGUAGGGUUUUGGUCACUUUUUUUCCUAUUUAAAAAAUUUGUAAGAAGAAAUGGACUCUCAGUUUACUAAAGGCUAAUGCUUUACUGGUAAAAAAAACAUUUUGCCAUGUUAGAAGACGCAUUUUGGGAGGAAGACAUCUGGGAAUACAAAUCUAAAAGAAAACCAAAACCAGAACAUUUAAAUGAUUGCUCUGAAAAUAUUCCAGAAUCUGUUGGAAUAGCAACAGAUGGAAAAUCCCAGUCAAAACGAAAAGGACACAAAAAACGAACCACCAAAGAUAACGGGAAGAACCGUGAAAAGUGCCUUGGAGAAACAGAUUGUCAGAUCUCCAUAGGUUCUAGUCAGAAUUCAAGUUGUAGAGAUGGUAUUCAGCAGUCUCAAAGCAAAGAGACUACUCCGAGAAAGCACUGUAAACCUCACAAAAGCAAGCAAGCGUCCCCCAAAAUACGCCCAGUGUAUGAUGGAUACUGUCCAAGCUGCCAGAUGCCAUUCUCCUCAUUGCUGGGUCAGACACCCCGAUGGCAUGUUUUCGAAUGUUUGGAUUCUCCACCGGUCUCUGACACAGAGUGUCCUGAUGGUCUUCUGUGUACCUCCACAAUGCCUUCUCAUUAUAAGAAGUACAUGCACCUUCUGCUAGCUCAAAGUAGGGCUAGCAAUGAGCCUUUUAGCAGCCCACCCUGUGUGUCAGGCGGGGGUUUUACCCCAAGCAAGCCAGACCCUUCUCAUAACCUUGAAGAAAGAUGGUGUGUGCAUCCGAAACAAAUUGAGAACUUAAAAAAUGUUUCAGCUGAUUCUAUGUUGAUGACACAGUGUCUAAAAACAGCUCAGCCUCCAACUGAAACCAACAAAAAGAUUCCCACUUCUCUGAGUAGUCAAACGUCACAACAAGCUCCACAGUUUACUAAAUUUGUUAACAAAGAAAAAGUGGUAGGAGUUGGUUUGCCUCUUGAUGAGGAAGAAUCAAACAGCCAAAGCAAGUCUCAGAGUAUGAAUUUGCCAUUGCCAAGAAAUGACUCCGGCAGCUGUGAGAUCUCCUAUUCUCCGCUGCAGAGUGAUGAAGAGACUUAUGAUAUAGACGAAGAGCUGGAUGAUUCACAACAGGAACUAUUUUUUACCCAAAGUUCUAAAGACAGCAGCCUAGAAGAUGACGACAGCUCCACCAUGUUUGAAAAACUUCAUGAUCCCUAUCUGAAGGACGCAGAGAGAAUCUGCCCCACAGUGAAUAGCUUCAUAACUCAGGAUAACUACAGCAGAUUGUGUGAUGACAGAAUUCUAAGUGAUUCAUUUCAGCUUAUCUCACAAGCUACGAGUAGUGUUUCCCAUGGCUAUCCCACAUAUUCUGAUGAUAAUUUGCUGUUGUUUUCACCUGCUAAAGCAGAGUUGCUCACUGCUUCUAAUACCACUAACACCAAACCUGGUGAGCCAAAAGGAUUUCACUCAUCUCCAUCAACAAAUCUGAAACGUGGACUGCAAGAAUCAGCUGUUUACAAUCAAAUUUGUCUGCCAUUACUUAGGCCUGACACAUCUAAACCAUUUGAAUGGGAGGGAGGAGAGUACUCACCUCUCCAUCCACCCCAAAAUCAAACUAGAGAACUGCCAAGUAAGAAGGUAUGUGCUAAGAAGAGUGCUAACUCAGCAUGUAUUUGCAGAAAGGCAUCAGAUAACAUGGUAGAUGGCAGAGUUACAGCUUUAAAUGUAGAAAAAUGUUCUAAUAUACCUCUUGCUAAGACUCCUUUGAAAACAUCAUUUUCUGGUCCUAAGUGCAGUGCAAGCCAACCUUCUGCGAAGGUAAUGAAGCAAAUGGACAUAGGUGUGUAUUUUGGAUUACCCCCCAAAAGACCAGAAGAGAAAACUCUGGAGGAAAGUGUGUUAGAAGGGCUGAAUGUUACUCCAGUUGUAAGUCCUAAUGAAAAGAGGUCCCGAUCGCGCAAAAGGAAAGCAGAAAAUUCAUUAAGUGACUUAGAAUUUGAUGCAAAGAAUUUAAAUGAGAGUCAGCACUCUGUGGAACUAUGUGGCAAGAGGUCAUGGCAUCGAAGAAAGAGACAUAAAAAUUCAAAUUCACCACAGAAAGGAGCAUGUCAGAAGAGGUCAGAUCACCUUAUUGACAGUCCAGAAUUGGGAGCAGUCAAUUUAAGUAAAAGCAAAGUCUUUGUAAAAUCAACUCAUGGCAGGCUGCAAAGAGGGAACAUGAAAAUUUCAGAGUCAUCUAGUGCCAAGGAGUUCAGAAAAAGGACAUGUCCAUUCUAUAAGAAAAUCCCUGGAACCGGCUUUACUGUGGAUGCCUUUCAGUACGGAGAGAUUGAAGGCUGCACAGCCUAUUUCCUCACACAUUUCCAUUCUGAUCAUUAUGCAGGAUUGUCUAAGAACUUCACACUGCCAGUUUAUUGUAGUGAGAUAACUGGCAGUUUGUUGAAGAACAAGCUUCGUGUCCAGGAACAGUAUAUCCACCAGCUGCCGAUGGACACUGAAUGUGUAGUGGAUGGUGUCAAAGUUGUUUUGCUAGAUGCCAAUCACUGUCCAGGUGCCGCCAUGAUCCUUUUCCACCUUCCUAACGGUGCUGUUGUGUUACACACUGGAGACUUCCGGGCAGAUCCCAGCAUGGAACGGUCACUUCUCGCAGGCCGGAAAAUCCACACUCUGUACUUAGACACCACAUAUUGCAGCCCAGAAUAUUCCUUCCCAUCUCAGCAGGAGGUUAUCCAGUUUGCCAUCAACACUGCCUUUGAGACUGUAACCCUAAACCCACGGGCUCUUGUUGUCUGUGGCACUUACUGUAUUGGAAAAGAGAAAGUCUUUCUAGCCAUUGCUGAUGUUUUAGGUUCAAAGGUCGGCAUGUCCCAAGAAAAAUAUAAGACAUUACAGUGCCUCAAUAUACCAGAAAUUAAUUCCCUCAUAACCACAGACAUGAGCAGUUCCAUGGUUCACCUUCUCCCAAUGAUGCAAAUUAAUUUUAAGGGCUUACAAAGCCAUUUGAAGAAGUGUGAUGGGAAAUAUGAUCAGAUUUUGGCUUUUCGGCCUACAGGGUGGACACACUCUAACAACAUAACUAGCAUAGCAGAAGUUACUCCCCAGACCAAAGGAAAGAUUUCAAUAUAUGGAAUUCCUUACAGUGAGCACAGCAGCUACCUAGAGAUGAAACGUUUUGUCCAGUGGCUAAAGCCCCAGAAGAUCAUACCUACAGUGAAUGUUGGCACCUAUAAAUCUCGGAGUACAAUGGAGAAAUACUUUAAAGAGUGGAAAUUGGAAGCCGGAUAUUGAUUCUGGCACAAAAGUUCAACAGUAAACAAGUGUUAACAAUUAAAUCUGUACUGAUAUGGAAUACAUUUUAUGAGAACAGUCUGAGGAAGACUCAGUUUCUUUUUUAUCUUUGAAUGAUGCAUUCACGGUCCUGGAUGCCUCUCAGCAUCGUCAGUGACAUCUGAGAAUGGAUCUUCCUAAUAUCCUUAAUUCUUAACUCUUUCCUGCAAGGAGGCAGUAGUAUUCUACAUCCAGCCUGAGAGGAGGGAACAGAUGGACUGAAAGGAUUUAUGGAAAUGGAGAGACUACACAUGGAGCAUUAUAUUUGUAAGUAACUGUGGAUCUUUAAAAUUGUGGAAUAGAACUUUUAUACAAUAUGUAUUCAUAAAUAAAAAUUAUUAUAGAACUUGC